CGCGCCGUGUUUGUUUGGGAAGGGUUGUUAAGUGUUAAGUUUAAGAUGCUACAUAAGUAUAUAUAUAAAAGCCGGUGCGAAAUCGCAAAUCGUUUUAUAUUAUUCUACCGCGGUCACAAGUUCAGAGGUGUCCUCGUUUGUGGUGUUUGCCUAAAGUCCAUCUUCAACCACCGAAGUCCCAGCCAUUAAGCGUCCAUCGUCCAUCAUCGUGAGGCGUGCGAGCAUUUCUGGGACCUUAGUAGCAUAAGUUAGUUCGCAAACGUGCGCGUGGAUUCUGUGCGGAACGUGUUCUUGGUUUUGCUUUAGUGGUCAGCUUGAAUAGUCGGUGGAUCAAAGAUGAAGCUUUUGAUUGCAGUCGCCUUCAUUCUCAUCUCCUGUCACAUCGCCAACGCACAGGAUGAAAUUCAGUUAGUGGAGUUCACCAAUGAUAACAAUCCUGAUGGCAGCUACAAAUUCUCAUACGAACAAUCGGAUGGCCAAAAACGGGAGGAAUCCGGUGUGCUGAAACCGGUGGAGGGUGCCGAAACCCCGGCUCUUUCGGUGACGGGAUCGUACGAAUAUGCCGAUGCGAAUGGACAGCGAUAUCGUGUGGAAUAUACUGCGGACGAACGUGGCUUCCGGCCAACCGUUACGAAGUUGUAAAGUGUAUGUUUUUGAAUAAUCCGUAUUAGUAGUGUAAGCGGUCGGUGAGACUUGAAUCCACGGAAAUAGAGAUUGAAGCAACAAA